UGCAACCCAACUCUGAGCCAUGUCGUCACGAGUGCUGCUUCGGCAGCAGCUGAUGCGGGAACAAGCCCAGGAGCAAGAGAGACGGGAGGCCCAGGAGCAGGCCUCUGUGGCUCAGCUCAGGGCAACUGACUCCACCCCUGCUAUCGCUGUCACUCUGCCCCCAAUAGCUGCUCGCCCUCCGCCUGCACAGGUGCCCGUGGAGGUUUUGAAGGUGAGGCUCCACUUCUAAAGGCUUCUCUCCAGAGGAACUACACUAGCACGGCAUGCUACACCGUUAAAUUGCUGCGUAUAACCUCCAUACGAAGUUGGCAUGUUACAAGUUGCAUUCUCUGUUCACUGUUUGACUGACAUGUUAUAUCUUUCAAUCUGAUAGGUGCAGACCCAUCUGGAGAACCCCACCAAGUUUCACAUCCAGCAGUCUCAGAGGCAGCAGGUGAAGCAGUAUCUCUCCACCACCCUCUGCAAUAAGGUGGCAACUCAGACCCUGCGUGUGUCUCCCCUGGCCCUGUCUAGCUCUGCCCCUGAGAUGGCUCCCACAGCCCACAGUGCUCCCAACAGCUCCAUGGCUUUACUCAACCUGGGAUCCAACAAAAAUGAGGUAUGUCCCAUGUGGCUCAGUUGGUAGAGCAUGGCGCUUGCAGCGCCAGGGUUUUGUGUCAAAUCCCCAGGGGGAACAGUACGAAAAUGUACACAAAAUGUAUGCACUCACUAACUGUAAGUCGCUCUGGAUAAGAGCGGCUGCUAAAUGUCUAAAAUGUAAAUGUAUGACUGAAGACCAUUACACUGCAAUACAUCACUCACAUUGGCUUGUAAGAAGCAGUAUAUAACUUUGUCGUGUUCUUAUUUUUAUUUCUCGUGUGUUUUUGUUCUACCUUGUUAUUUUUAGUGCUACAUUGAUAUUAAUUACUGCAUUGUUGGGUUUGGAGCUGGCAAGAAAGGCAUUUCACUGUACUUAUGCACACUUGUUGUCUUAAGUAGGAUGGUAUCAUGCUGCAGUUUGUGUGGACUUAGUCCUUUGCUGCAUGCAACAAAAAUAAAGUUACAAAUCUGAACUCCCACAAUUUACAGGCAUUUUGUUUAGUCUAAGUGGAAUAAAGCUAAGGGAAGUCCAUGGAUUAAGCUAACAAUUGAACAACUUCUCAUUGUAUCUUUCCAGACAUAUUUUUGAUGAAAGUUUAGGCUAAAUGUCUAGACUGCUGGUCACUUAUUUCUUAAUUACUUUUUUGUUUGUUCUGUUGUGACAUGCUUGAGGUCUCACAACGAGGAUGCAUGGCUCCUCUUGUUAUCUUGCCCUUGUUGGCUUGGUGUCACAGUCUUCUGUUAAAUACUACACUGGCAGCUUAAUGAUAUCUGCACCUCUCUUACACACAUGCCUUUGCUUUUGAAAUCAUGCUUCAUUAGGGCAAGAUAAUGACAUGCUUUGUGUCAGUGUUCCUCCCCUAUACGUUUCAAAUAAGUAAUUUAAUACACUUAAAUUCAAGCUGUCUUUAAUGUUUCUCAUUAAAAAUAUAUAUUUUAAUAGGUGUUCUAUUAAUAUAAAGCUGAUAAGUUAUUCUAUGUAUUGAUUGGGUGUGUGUGUGUAUCUUUCCAGAUAGAUGGCGUAAUUGACGACAUCAUCAGCCUUGAAUCAAGUUUCAGUGAUGAGUUCAUGACAUUAAUUGAAUUGGGUCUACAGCUGCCUAGUACGGUAUGUGGAAAUGUGUAUUUAUCAGUGUUUUUGUCCAUUGCACUUGGGCUAAUCCAAAAACACUAGUAUGGACAAGGUUAAAUGAAAUGUAUGGGUCUGUCAAAUUAGUGACACUCAUUCAGUGAAAUUCAAUUAACAACUAGCCUGUCGUUCUUGGAAUUAUCUUUCUGUAUCUGUUGUGUUGGUUGAUAUUCUCAAACUGGAAUUCAGUGGUGCUGUAGGAGUAAACAUACACUUCUGGCACUUAACUAAGACUCGUCAGGCCAGUGUUGUCUGGGUGGAGUAGCAACGAGGAGAGAGGAGGACAAAGCAUGCAGGGCAUGGCAGCAUGUGAAGUUGGAAUAGUGGACAAUGUAGAGAGGGUUCUGAAAAUACUUCAACUACUGAAAAUACUUCAACUAUUUUAACAGUCAAGUUGUUAUAGGGAAAGGGAUUUAAGAUAUUGCGCCCGCAUCAGAAGAUGAGGAUUUUGAUUUUGCUUCAGGAGCAUGAAAAAAAAAAGAGAGAACAUUGAGGUAAAUCAAUCAUGUUGUCAGGUAGCAAAAUUGCAUUGUUAAGGGGAAUGGACAUUUAGCCAUUUCUCUCACAUUUAUGAGAAUUUAUAGCCUACCUCAAGACCCAUCAGAUUUGUUUGUUUCAAAUGCGCUAAUGCUUUUGGAUAACUUUUAUUUGAAGGUUCUGCAAGGUUAUUAGGCCUAUACUAAAUUGCGAUGACUUCUUUAUAAGCCAACCAACCUGUAAUAUGUUAAUUUAGUAUCCUUGAAUGUGAAAUAUAGUACAGUAAUACAAUGUAGCCUAGCUUAUACAUGUUCUACUUCUACCAGGAUAGCUCUUACAAGAACAUGUUCUUAAAAAAAAAAUUUUUUUACAGAGACCGUACACAUUAAUCAACAUUUCAGUAAAAGUGCCGGUUUUAGCCAGCCAGCUAAUUUUCAACCGCAGUCCCUGGGAAGGUUAUUAAAAACUAUUACAAUAACAAUACAGACAAACAAUGAGCAGUGAGCACAUGCAGAGCAACAUAGGACAAGCAACACGUAGCAUGCAGACAGAGCAACAUAGGACAAGCAACACAUACCAUGCAGACAGAGCAACAUAGGACAAGCAACACGUAGCAUGCAGACAGAGCAACAUAGGACAAGCAACACGUACCAUGCAGACAGAGCAACAUAGGACAAGCAACACGUACCAUGCAGACAGCGCAACAUAGGACAAGCAACACGUAGCAUGCAGACAGAGCAACAUGGGUCAAGCAACACGUAGCAUGCAGACAGAGCAACAUAGGACAAGCAACACGUAGCAUGCAGACAGAGCAACAUAGGUCAAGCAACACGUAGCAUGCAGACAGAGCAACAUAGGUCUAGCAACACGUAGCAUGCAGACAGAGCAACAGCACAAAAAGCAACAAAACAAAAUGCAUAAAAGCAACAAAGUGUUUCCACACCUCACAAGCUACAGACAACAUAAAGAUGUUAUUUGAUUUAUUGGAAAAAUAGGAUGUUGAAUUACCAUUAUCCUUUUGUUUUGACAGUUGUGACACUUAAAUUAGUAUUCUGGUACAUGAAGGACAAGAAAAUGUAAGAAAAUACAAAAUAUGAAUUAAUUUGAAUUUGAAUGUUUCAUAAGUUUUCCCAAGAAGCUCAUCCAGGUUGUCAGUAUUCAACAUUGUUUGCUUUGAUGUUAAUGCAGUGGUUUCCCUGUUUCUUACAGCUCCCCGGGAACCUUCUGGAAGUUCACCAUAGUCCUGGAAUGGCAGCACCUACCCUCACUGUCAGCAACUCCUGCCCUGCGGAUCUAACCAAUAUUAAAAGGGAAUACUCUGGUAUGGUCUUGUUCCUAUACUAGGCCCUGUACUAGGUCUAUUAUCCUUAUUUUAUAUAGCUCUGGAGAUGAGCAUGUUUGUUUGGAUUAUAAACUUCUUAUGCAAUGUCCUACAUAACUUUCCAUUUUAUUGAGAUGGAAAGGUUCAAUUGUAACUUGUGUAAAUGGUAAGAUAAUUCCCCUGUAGCUCAGUUGGUAGAGAAUGGUGCUUGCAACGCCAGGGUUGAGGGUUCGUUUCCCACGGGGGGCCAGUAUGAAAAUGUAUGCACUCACUAACUGGAAGUUGCUCUGGAUAAGAGCGUCUGCUAAAUGACUAAAAAAUGCAUGGCAGCACCUAUAAAGUGUAUGUUAUGUUUAAGAUGCAGAUACCAAAGCGCUGGUGAAAGAGAGACAGAAGAAAGACAACCAUAACCUCAGUGAGUCAAAGCUUUUUACUCACUUCUGUAUUGUUCUUAACCCACUAUGAUGCUAGCCAGCUCUUGUUCCUCUUGGAGUGGCGGUGAGUUUCAUUUCUCUUUGUCUGCAUGGUUUCUCUUGACAGUUGAGAGGAAGCGGAGGUUUAACAUCAAUGACCGCAUAACGGAGCUGGGGUCCAUAAUACCCAAGUCAAGUGACUCGUGAGUUUGUCAUUCUUUAUUUCUUAUUCAGGACAUUUACUUUGGAUGAAUGAAUCAGUUGUGGUAUUGACACAAAUUAAUUAUAGGAAAUCUCAAUCAGAUUUUCAAUUUUGGCCAUGAAAAGCAAUAUUCAAUUUGUAUCAGAUUUGAUAUUCCUCUCUAACAACCUUCUCUCUUCGUCUCAUGGCUGUAGGGAGAUGCGCUGGAAUAAGGGCACCAUUCUAAAGGCCUCAGUGGACUACAUCAGGAAGCUGCAGAAGGAGCAGCAGAGAGCCAAGGAGGUAGAGAUGCGUCAGAAGAAGCUGGAACAUGCUAACCACAGCUUGAUGCUGCGCAUCCAGGUCCGUUUUUGGACAUAGUUAGUUGAAUACAAGGAGAAAAAAGCAAGAAAUGCUAUCAUACAAUGUAUUUAGUGAUUGUGACUAAUUUUCCCUUAUUGUUCUUUUGUGAAGGAGUUGGAGGUGCAGGCUCAGCUUCAUGGACUCUCUGGUCUGAGUUCAGACCUCUCCCUCCUCCAGCAGCAGCACCUUCAGCAGGGACGUCAUACACUAGGGCCCAGUGCUGGAAAGGCCUGCUCCCAAACCUUUCUCAGCCUGGGUUCAGCAGCCAUGGCACAGCCUGUCCCUACCUCCUUCCUCUCUCCACCGUCCUCUGACUCCCCUGUGGGUGUGACCAUAGACAGCCCCCUAGAUCUGGGCAGUCUGAGCUUCGCAGAGCUGGAUGACCCCUCCAAUGCUGGGCUGUUCCCAGACGUGGGGUUGGGGGACAUCCUCAUGGACGAGGGGUGCACACUGUCCCCUGAGAGGGUGGACCUACUGUUUUUUGUGUCACCAGGUGCCUCAAAGACCAGCAGUCGUAGGAGCAGCUUCAGCAUGGAGGAGGACUUGUAAAAGGGUCAUAUUGGGGUCAAGCUGGUCGAUAGAGACAAGAGAUUUGGGGAAUGAAAGGGCUGGGGAAGGAGGAGGAGCCCAGGAAAAUAAAAGCCCCAGAGUUAGAACACUGCAUAUGGCACUGGACUCUGCUUUAAAACAAAGCCAAUUGUUUAACUAAACAGGACUUUGAUCUGAAUCAUGCAUCAGUAUAAAAUAAAUGACAAUCCUUUCCUCUCUUACCAAGUUAAUAUUGGUUCCUAAACGUAGAAAAAUAAAACAAACUUUUCAGUACACUGUCAAUAGUAAUGCAAUUAUUUUCAAAUGGAACAUAGUAGAAUUAGGAUUUGGAUAUGGACAAUGGACAUUGAUUUUUGCAAGCCUCAACUCAACCAAGAGUUCCCUGCAGAGAAAUGAAAGAGGAAAUAGUGGUGGUUUAGUCAAGUAUAUUAUUGCUCCUUGUAGAGCAUGCACUUUGCAACUUUUGUGGGAAGAAAGCAGUG